AUGGAAGACAAGGACUCAAUGGGCGACGAGGACUCAAUGGACGAUGAGGACUCGAUGGAUAACGAGGAAUCCGAUCGGAGAUUGCUUUCCGACAAGCUGAACAUCUGGCGCCAUGAUAUGCCCGAUAGCCUGUAUCAUUCGGCGGCGAGAUCUAGAGCCUGUUCCUUGAUGGGUCAACCACAUGUGUUAGAUCUAGCCUGUAAGUGGCUAGAAGGAUGUCAAGAUUCCCAUCAAUGUUUUGCUCAAGCGAAUAAUGCUUGGUAUCCCAGUCGGUUACUGGAUGUUUCGGUUGAUGGCAUCAUACGUCUAGUGACCACGGCGAAAGAGCAUGUCACUGGACAUUAUGCCACCUUGAGCCACUGUUGGGGCCCGGGAAAAUUCUUGGUAUUGAAUCCAGACAACAUAUCGCAAUUCUCGGCGGGAUACCCCCUUGAAAAGAUCCCUCGUACUUUCCAAGAAGCCGUUCAAGUAAUCAGGCAUCUCAAGAUUCGGUAUUUGUGGAUCGAUAGCUACUGUAUAAUACAGGGCGACAGCGACGAUGCGCGGGAAGAUUGGAAUCGAGAAGCACAGAAAAUGUGUAGAGUGUACACGAAUUCCUUUCUGAAUAUCGGGUCUGCAUACUCCAAGAAUCCUCACGACGGUCUGUUCCAGCGACGCAAGGUGGAAGAAAUCCUUAACAACGUGCUUCUCAAAUGGCGACCUUCGGCUGUCAAAGACGAAUCGUUUUACAACAUUUGUUUUGACGAUGGCUUUAUCCCGUUCACGAGGUUUGGGCCACUCUUCGAGGCCUUCAAGCACCUUAGCGAGUGUGCUUUGUCUAAAAGGGCGUGGGUGAUUCAAGAGACUGUUCUCAGUCCUCGUAUGCUCAGUUUUACAGGCAAACAGCUCAUAUGGCAGUGCUCUGAGGCAGCAUCUUGCGAAACUGCGCCAGCCCAGAGUCGUAAGUCGAUCCUGGAAGUUGAGCGGUGGAGUUCAUUUUGGGCUGCUGAAAAUGACAUGGCUCCUCCUUUGAGCGAAGAAAAAUGCAUUGAUGAGAUGCCAAAGUUGAUGCGUCGAUGGUUCCAUAUAUCAACCAAAUAUAGCGAAGCAAAGCUAUCGUAUCCCAACAAGGACAGAUUCAAAGCAUUGGCCGGCGUCGGCGAGCGCUUUUCCCAGCUUACCAACCGAGCCUAUCGGUAUGGCUACUUCCCCUUAUAUACAAAGCUCGAAGCAUUUGGACUAUACUACUCCGUGUUGAGCGAAGCGGGUGCUACAGGCGGGUGGGUAUCUUCGAGAUCUCCUGGUCAGGAGAUAGGACUGGGCGUGCCAUUCAGCAGCGGCUAUUAG